GUUUCCGUCUGGGUUUUUAAUUUUGUCUCAAAACACGCGAAGGCAGAGCUUUUGUCAGUAUGCUUUUCUCGUCGCUUUAAAUCACCCUGUUAAUCAAUGGGUCUACAUGACGCCGGUUUUAUGAUAAUCACCACAGGAAAGGUACGUAUUUUAAACUAUUUUAUCGCUUUGGUUUUCUUAUCCUAUCUCAGCGCAACCAGGAAUCAACUUAACACACGUAUUAGUCAUCUGCUUAGCCACGCAUUUCUAUGCGUUUAUUAUGGAUCCUUCUCAUACAGGAUCGUUUCAGACAAAAUAACACUUUUUGCUGAAUGGUUUUUUUCCGAAUUAUUUAGGAAAUCUUUGUUUGUUUUGUGUUUACAGUAUUUCUGCUCAUAAUGUAUGCCACUUGAUAGUCUCAUUCAAAAAUGCAAACCAAAAACAGUGUGGUGAAACUAAUCCUUACCAAUAAAUCGAUGCAUUUUUUCUACAUCGUCUUUAAUUAACUUUAACUACUAUUGCAAUUUUCGCAACAGUGCACUAAAAAAACUUUAAAGAUAAUGCGGUAAUGUUCAGAUUUAUAGAAGUUCAUUUAGUAUACGUAGGCUGUAAUCUGCACGUAAUAAUCUCUUCAUCCGUGCGUAAAAAAGUAUCAGUGGUCUCCUUCCCAGGCUUCGCCCGGUGCGUAAACUGGUCACGUCAGUCAACUCUCCUUAUCAAGGAAACUGACUCCCUACCUCGUCGUGCACAAAGCGUUAAUUUGUCUUUGCUAGUCUUUAAACAACAACUUAUUAUGUGCGUUAGUAACCAAACGUGUCAAGAUGGCUGGACAUGGGCCAAGUUCUUUUUUGGUGUUGUUUUUGUUGACCGAGAAGAAGUUUGCUUUGUUUGCACCCGGCAAAAAUAAUGCAACCGUUUGGCCGGUGCUUAAAACCUCGGAAGGUGUUAAUUUCAUCCCGGUAAUUUUCCAUUGUGAUGAGUCGUUCCAUCCGCAUUAUCACCGAACUAUCCGGUUUUGAGUUCCCGUGCAAAUGGUAAAUAUAGCACCUGCAGACUUUCUUUUUCAUUAGAAAAGGCUAGAAACAAACCGUAUUGGCAUUAAAAAUAAUUUUAAGAAAUAUGAAUAAAUUUUGUCAAAAUUCUCCAGGUAGACUUUCUUAAAGUCCAUUAUGGUAGGUUCAUCGGUUAUAGGGAAGGAAUUUUCAGUUGUUUUUUAAAAGUAUAAAACUGUAAAGUGGUAGCUAAUAUUAUUAUAAGACUUGAAAAUAUAUGUUAAAUUAUGCUAACAAUAGCUUCUUCUGUUUCACCAGCGGAAGUAAAUAUUGACGUCGAAAAAUGCCCCUUUUUAACUGAGGCUUCAGUCAAGUGAGUAAUUGACUUUGAAAAUGAAGCAACUGGAUCACAAACGAAACAAAUUGAAUUAUUCAGCGAAAUGUGAAGCUUGAUUUUUGGCUUCGCUUCAAUUAGCGGGGAAUUAUCAAAACAGGCUGGUACGUGACAAAGACUUUACUGUUUUGUAAACAUAACCUGGGUUGUUAACCUGUCAAGAAAUAAUUAAUUUCGAAAAUCAAACACUUUAUAGUCCGCUUCCUAAAGUACGUACCCUAAUAGCCGGCUUAAGUUUUGUCAACCAGUCAAAUAAGUGCGAUCAAUGUCACUUCAUAGCGAUGAAACAAUUUCUCCCCUUUUUUCUCGGUAAUUAAACAUUAAUUUAUAUCUAAAAUUUGGGUGGAAUAAUUAUGUCGUGUGAUCUUUCUGUAGCCAAAUUUGUGAAAGUUAAGAAAACCAUUCAAAUACUAAGUUUCCAAAACUGAUAUCAGGAUAAUACUCGACGCGUGGCCGAACGUUUCUUUGCAGCAGUUAGAAUUGAAAUAUCUACCAAGAGCCAGGUUUCGCGUGACCUGUUUGAAUAUAGUGUUCAGAUGCCAGCCUCUAGAACCUUGUAGUAACAUGUUUAUGUGCUACUUAUGAAUUAUGAAUUAAAAGCCACGCGUCGGAAUAAAUGUAAAUUUGGGAAAUGGCUCGCUGACAAAAACAUCAAGAGUAUUUUCAGUUAGUAAAGUAUCUGGCAAUUGAAACUGAUUUUACAGCAUCGAACGUGAGGCCCUCGGAAAAUUCAGUAUUGUUUGAAGGUAAGAAACAGAAUUCAUAUCAUAUUAAGUUCCGUUGUUGUAUUUACAAUACCCGGCGAGACUGAAGUGGAAAUUUAAUAUAAAUGCUAAAUCUAAAGUCUCACCAGUGUUACUUUCAAAAAGAAUUGUUUCACCUUGCUAGUGUCUGUCGUUUUCAAGUCAUCACACUUCUGACUUUUACAUGAUGAGAGACAUAAAUAUCUUUUUCAUCAUAAGAUUAUUUAUAAUGCUCCAUGGAGCUUUGUUUGACCAAUUUAUGAGGUUUGAAGGGGAUGCAGUUUUAGCGAGCAGAAAUGUCGCUUAUAAAAACGAUUAAGAAUAACAUGUCAGUAUGAUUUAUGUUUGGUGGGAUAUAAAUGGAGAAAAAGAGAUACUUUAUGCCGCUCUUUACUAAAAAAAACUGGCAAAUAAUGUGGAAUAGAAUUCGAUUCAUUUCGCGGGAAAAAUAAACUCUAUUCUCUUGAGACACUUGAUUUUUCUUAAUUGAAGUCCUUCUUCAAAGGCCACGUUUUGGUGUCAUCGCAGUCAGGUAGGUUUGUUUUUUCGACUUAAUUCAGGUACAAGGUUAAAAAUACAAACUGACUAUCUAUCAGUGACUUCAAACGUGACACUUUGAGAUACAGAAAUUGAAACUAAAGAAUAGAUGGUUUUUCAUGGAUAUCAAAAGUAUAGUUUGGUGACUCCAUCGCAAUCCCUUUGUGACCGGCUAGGCAACCAUGGCGACGACGAACGAGCAGUUCAAUUAGGUUUUACGUGCAAACCAACAACUUUGAACUCGCAUCACACUUCUUGGCACAUUUCUUUAACGUCCACUGCACGACCACAACGUGAAACGACCUUAUCUGACGUUUUAUGGAUAUAAUCGAGAACACGCGCCGACGAAUUCAGUUUCCUUUUCAAACUUGGGUACAGUUCUGCAUUCCAGGAAAAUUUUGUCAACAUUUGACAAAUACAAUUGAGUGAGGUUAAAUAAACACGAUUAAGUCUCAUAAAAUGCAUUCUUACGGCCAGUAAUUUUUUCACUGCACCAGUUUGCGUCCAGUUACUAAAAAAGAAACAAAACAUACAGGUCAGAUUUUCCCCCGACCAGAACUGGUGCUAACAUUAUUUUUGUGGUUUUCUACCAAUUUUGACUUACUGGAAAAAAAAAAUACUGUUUUCUAUUCUCUCUUCAAGGAGGUAUAUCUUAUCACGAAAACCGACUAAGGAUUACCUCAACAGUAAUGUAUGUGAAAUAACUAUUAUACACAAUUAUAAUAACUUACUAGUCUCAGUAACUUGGUCAAACCUCAAGUUUUACUACAUCUCUUAUUAAGAGACAAGCAACUCACAUGAAUGUCGCAGAUGAGAGAACAACAUUAGAUGAACGGUAUGUUUCGUCUGCACAUUAUAUGUUAACAGUAAGCUUGGCCGUAAAGCUUACAAGUGCAACAGGGGGGCUGCCGGUAUCGAUCCAUCUAUGAGCUUAAGGCGGAGUGUGCAAAAUGUGUGAUAAAGAGAAGCGAUAACAGAUGUAGAAAUAGACCACACCACCUGGAAACUUUCUGUUCUCUUUCCGAACAACUUGUGAUUUCUUUUCGAAGUCUCACCUACGAGCGUUGUGUAGCAGGCACGUCCAAGCUUACUUUGAGCCAACUAUACGAGUCAAGUUUUGAUUUUUUUCGCUUUAAAUUGAAAGUAUUUCAAGCUGAGGUUCAGAACUGUAUAACUUCCCCGGGAUAACUUCGAAUCAUCCAAUUCUGUUUGAAAAAGUAACUUUCCAAUCUUUUUUCUUUUUUCUUUCCAUGUGGAAAAGUCACGCAAAAGGUAAAUGUCAUCUCGCAGGCCUGGUUGCUAGUUCCGUGCACAUUUCAUUAUUUUAUAAUGGUAUACAAACAAACUUAAGUAAGUACUAAGUCAGAAAUUGAGUUUCACAUCACGAAAUCUUAGCCGACCAUCACACAUUACGAGAUUAAAUUCAUGUCUGAUCCUAAAACAAAUUUCUCGUUAUGAAGCUACCUGUAACGUCCUCGGAUUAAGCGUUGUUCAAGAAGCCCGGUCCUUCAUUUUCUUACUCUAUCUCACUAUUGGAUAAAAUUAAAGGGUAACGGAUUUGAUAGGGAUUUAAGAAAAAACAAAACUUUACUGCAAUCUUUGGCAGAUUAAUGCCCGGUUAUUGUACCUGAAUCCUUUAUCAUGAACUACAUAACGGUUAGCUAGCGUUGUGCCAAGUAAGUGAAGUUCAUGCAAAGUAUGACCAAGAUAUCCCUUGUGGUUAUUUGAAACUAGCGGAGAGUCUUACGUUUCCGCCCCGUUGCAUUGGUUAACAAAAUUGCCGCCGGUUUAUUUCUUCAUUGUUUCUCUUUCUUCUUUUUAGGUUGGUUGAUUCAUAACUCCAUGCUUCUUGUAAUAGUUUUUUAAUCGUUCUUGUUAUCUUUGAUAAUGUCAUUAACUAUAUAAUUACCGGUUCCGUUUUCAACGGAAAUUGCUCAGUAUAAUCACAAAACUCAAUGCUGCUUGUUAAUGGAACCCCGCCCAAAAAUCCAAACAUCAGAACCAUUUAGUUGAAAAAUUAAAUUAAUUUUCGAUGGUAUGAUAGGGUUAUUAAGUUGAUAAGGUUAUAAUUUCGAUGAACUAGUGCAUGAAUUGUGUUAGAGAUGAAAUUAUCUGCGUGAAAUAACAUUCUUCAAGGUUAAAUACGUAAAUAAAGGAAACUCUGUUUAUGAAACUUAAGACUGACAAGUUAUUAAGUUCAUACUGUAAUACACUCAUGAACCCUGCUUGGUAGAUGAAAACUAUCGUGCUAAUUGUUCUUUAAUCAUCCAAUGUGUUUACUUUUACAAGUUUUAAAUCGCCCAACCUUAAGAAAUAUUUCAGCCAAAAAAGACUCGAUAUUAAAGAUAUUUCAUUGAAUUUUUCAUGGAGAAACAGUAUUUGCAAUACCAUCGGUUGUUAAAAUAACCGAAUUUAAUUUACUUGUUACUUUGCAUUCUUGAGUAGCGGAAUCACGCAGAUGAUAGCGCUAUCUUCCAAAAAAACUGAUUAUCAGUUGGCCUUAAAUUCUUAAAAGUCAAUACCGCAUCGGAACUCCUUCCAACUAGUUUUCCAAGCCUGUAUUGGUUUCCUUUUGAGUAGUUUUACAGUUUUGUAUGUUAAUUGUGAUUCUAUGCUCGUUUUCAAAUCGUCUAAUAAUUGAGUUUGCUUAAGGCACGCUAGCCUGCACAAUAAAAAGCAAUAAUUACCGAAUCAAUUACUAGAGAAGCUGGUGUUAGACAAACAUUUGCUUGUAUUUAUGUAUUUUUUACAUCUGAAAAGGAAAUGAAAUACGAAAAUCUAUCUCCUUAACAUGAUUGAAAAUCGCAUCAUCCUUUUCUGACCGAAUAUGGAAACAAGAGAGGUAAGAAUCCGAAGUUUUGCUAUCAAGAUGAAAUGUUGCCAAGUCAACUACUGAGUCGACAAGUCUUUUUCCCUGGUUACAAUAGUACAUGAACAGGGAAAUUUCUAUUUGCUUUGGCAAUAUUACGCUUUUCAGUUUGAAAUCUACUUCUCUCGCUCCUAACAUAGAACACAUGUACAUCAGCGGCACAGCCAAAAUGGCCGUGACAAACAAAGUUAGAAAAGGUAAAUUGAUUAAACGAAAAAUGAUCGGUCUCCUGCAGCGAUACAUCCCUUUCAGAUCUUAUUAAAACUUGAACAAACAAGAACGUCGAUAAAUAAACGACCAAUAAUUCCGGCGGUCUUGCUUUACAACAUUGCUGUUAAACUGUUUCAAGACAAAGUACCCUGAUUAUCAGCCGGGAGUCUGCAGACUAUUGUGCCGUUUUGAGCUGCGUACGGUGAACUUUGUAAUUUCUGUAAGUUCUGGCAGAUUGCAUUCACUUCUUUUCCCGCCUGUUACUUAUUGACAUAGUUAAGGCCGGUCGGUUUAAUAUACUUUACAACUCUUUUUCGCAACUGGUCAUUUAUUUUCCAUUCAUAUUUUUUGACAAAUUGAAACUAGUCAAACAAUUUUUUUUAUAGAUUCUGCUGUAUUCAUUAACAGUUUCGAAACCGGGUUGAUUAAUUUUUAAUCAAUUUUUUUCUAUUUUCCCACCGGCAACACAACCAAAUCUCAUCAGGUUUCGAACUUCCUUUCCCGCCAUAUUGUUUACCAGAGCAAUUAAACUACAUUGAUACUACAUACACAGGACUUCAUUCUUUACGGAACGUGGAGGUGAUAUCAAACUCACACGUCAUCUAGCGUGAGUCAGAAGGGGUUUCAUAAUCCUCUUGUUUCUAGCAUUGCUACGGUUAAUUUUGUGUUGCGCGUGAUCUUGUACACGCAAACGGCCGGUUAAGGCAUUAAACUCCUUUAGGAUGACGUACAGUUCUGCUUGUUAGCCAUGGCAAAAGGAUAUCGAACGGUAAUAAACGAUAAUAAGUUAACUGCACAGAACCUUUCUAUUAACCGUGGAGUCAGGGCUAGAUAGAAAUCGAAAGAGGUAAGUUGACUUCAAUCUUGUCGUUACAACGUCGUCAACGGUGGCAUUAUCAGACACUUGACUUAAUUUGCUUUGGUAGUUUCGAACUAGAAAAACUCAGUUUCCUGGGUAGAAGGAGAACAGAAGUCUUAAAGAGAUCGGACGCUAAUUUUAACUAUCCUUUUCCGGUGCGUAAGCGCGGGAUAUUGGAGGCACUAAAAGAUCAAUUUAAAGUUCUCGCGAUUCUUACCCCGGGGGCUGUUUCGUUGUCUUACCGGCUUGCUGCAGUGAUAAAAUAAUUGAAAGAACUUUCUUUGGUGGUUUCAUAUGAACUGGUAACACAACCAGUCUUGACAUGUUAUCUGUGCACAGGCAGACCAGUUUCUCGAUCCAACGGAUAGUCAUAACAGAAAUGCGUUCCAUUUAAGCUUUUUUCAUUCAUUUUUAAGCCUGAAAACUCCGCAAGCAAGUAGUUCAAUACAGUUUCACUGUUUGACAACUUUUAAAUAAACCACUGUAUUACUGAGUUGCAUUGAAAGUGAUAUUCUGCCCAAAAACAAUCACGAUAAGGAAUUCAGUCUCUUUCUCUUCGAGACCGUCCGCUGACCAAGAACACUAAGGUUCCAUUACGAUAUUGUUUCAGAGCACUGAAGAUCACGAUAAAUUGACGGAGAUUCUUUUUACACAACGCGGGAUCAUAUAUACCACGCUAUAACAUUCCUUCCGCCUCUUUAUAAAUACUGAGACAACAACCGAAAAGCUCAGUGAUGCCAAUGGCUUGGAAUAUUUGCUGUAGCAAAUUUUUCUUCCUUAUUGCUUUCACUCGAAAAAGAAAUCCAUUUUACAUCUUUUCGAGAAAAACUCAUUUCAACCACAUAAGCGAGGAAUAAAACAGCGAUAUUGUUGCUUUGUUGACUUUCCUUUGUUAUUUGCACGAUUUAAUAUGUUCGGCUUUUAUGCACCGACGCACAGCUCAACAAGCUCAACAACUUGUCAAAGGAACAGAAGCACAAAGGGUGACACUUCAAUCAAGAAAGAUCAACUAACUCCUCUCCUUUCAAAAUAUGUCAACAGUGAAUUGAAUCACUUAAAUCAUAGUUCAGCCUUAAGUAGCUGAAGUCUUCGAUUAAACAUUACUUUGCCUUCUUUCCGAAAAACAAUGCUUCUGAAAAGUCCAUUUAAAAAUUGAAGUCGCCAGUCUGUACUUUGCAAAUCUUGCGUAUUUCGCAGGCUUGUCAUAAAAUCUGUGGAAUUUAAGGAGGCGUAAUCGCUUAUUUACCUUUUAAGUUUACACAUACGAAAAGGAAUGGUUUAAUUCGCUGUAAUUUUAUGUUUGUUUUUCUAGUUCAUUCAUCACUUUCUUUGUAGUUAGUGACUUGUGUGGCCUCUUACCUAAGCCGAGCCCUAAAUUCCACUUAAACUUAGGGAUAUCAGCCUCUUGAAACAUAGUUACACGGCUUUAGCUAUGUUAAGGCUUACUAAAGUGUUUUCAGACCAAGUGCAAAGUUGAUUCUUGCCACCUGGAGAGUUUUGCGGAGGGAUACUACGUACAAGUACGAGAGUUAGGCGAAAGCAGUCCCGCGGCAAGCUAGAGAGCGAAACUAAGUACUUCACCCCAAUGAUAUAGUUUUGGGAUCUUAACAAUACGCUACGCGAGUAAGUUUUCAGUUUUCAGUUCUCAGUUUUAGUUUUGUCUGGUAGACUGAGCUGUAUUAUAAUUCAACAAUAAGGCCAUGUCUUUUUUUGUUUACAGGUGUAAGUAAUCGGCCUUGAAGCUGUCCAUGUUCACAUUUGAGAACCGCAACAGAAAAGGUAUGAAGUCUGUCUUGUUUUGAUGAAAUUUUGAGUCAACGUUGGCCCAAGGCUUCGCCGGUGUUUUGGGUCAGGUACAUUCAAAACAAACAAUAUCUAUUAUGAAACGCAUCGGGACAUGUGAAUGAUAGGAUAGACAAAACCAACUGAUCCAUGCAAAAAUUCCUGCUCGAUGUGUGCGAUACCAUUCAGGGCCGGCACGGGCUGGUUUACUUACCACUUUUCAUGUUAUAUGUUCAACUUGACCCUUGUCAAACAAAGAAAAUUUAAACGCGAUAACUCAUUCGGACCAAUAGAUUUGCGAGAAACAGUUCAGAGUGUAAAUUAACAAUCGCGACUUACGGACAAAGACUUCUACGGGCCCCAAGAGACUGGCUAGAUUAAUAAACCGUCGGAGUCUUUUAGACGUUAAUAUUCAUCUCUGAAAAUUGAUGAACGGAAUAGAAGAACUGCAAAUCAAAAUAAACUGUUCCGGUAACCCUCUUCAGAGAUUGGCAGUCAUGAAAGUAGUCAUCUAAGAACGUCAGUGCAUGGCCGUAAAUAAAAAGUUGUGAAUUGCCGUCAGUGUGCUGUGAGUUGUUUGUCUCAAUUGCAAAGAAAAAACGACGACAAUGGGCCCUCAAUCUUUCUUUCCCCUGCAUAUUUUAAGUUUCAAAAGACAUCUAAUUACAAAAGCAUUGUGUUGCUAUUACAUCAAGGAAACGAAAAUGGAGCCGAUCGAGCCCCAAAGGUCAAACGGCAGAGCUUGUAAUCUGCUGCAAAGACGAGUGCUUGAAGCUAACUAAUCGUUUGAAUUUGAAUGUGAAAUAGUAGGUAAACGCACACUUCUGAAAUAUUUAAACUCACUCACCAUAUUAUUGAGGAGAAUUCGUUCAAUUACAUCUUGUAGACUAGAUUUCAUAAGAAAGGAUCAACUAAUCAGACUCCUGAAUGAAAGUAUAGUUUGACGAAAAGUCCUUAUUUACCAGCUCUCGGUAGUCUAUAGAAAUUCCCUGCACUAAAAUAGUCGAAGUACAGUGACCAUGCAAAGCAGGAAAAUACUGUAAUGGAAACUAAUCUGACUAAUUGCAAGCGGAUAAACUUUUACAAUUAAUUCCGCACAAUCGCUUUAGGAAUAAACCGAUGCAAAAUUAUAUUAUGGUAAUUUUUUGAUUAACUACAAAGUUAACCUAAAUUAUCUGAUUUUUCAGGUCUUUUGGCAAAAGAUGUCUUCCGAGCGCGAGAUGGUGAGAACAGCCUUCGCUGAGCGUGUCCAAGCCGGUCACUCACCGCCGUUACGAAAACGAAGAACUCGAGAAUACGUGCCAAAUUCGAAGACUUCAAAACGAGCAGGAAGCAACGAUCAAAGCUUGUACGAGGAAAGUGUAUUUAAUGAUGAUUUAACGUACGGAAAGUUGGAUAAUGGCGUUUGCCUUUUUUCCGACGAAAAUAUGAAUACCAUAACACGCCCAGAGACCCAGUCAAAUUUGCAGGACAUAUUGCGUGUUGUCCCAGAGACCUCCCAUCUUAGCGAACGUUAUCACAUACUUAAGGCAGAGAACAAGAUACUGCGAGAACGUUUACAAAAUGCUCUUCAAAGAGAAAUGAAAGCGCUGAAGACGUUUAAAAGGCUGGCAAAGGAAAACCGACAACUUAAGCUGAACUUGAGGAAAUAUGAACGAACUUUGCUGGGAUUUUAUGACGAUGAACUAACAGGUAUGGACUUAAGUUAAUUUCGUUUCACUUGGUAAAAUACCCAUUCUAUUAAACAAUAAUUUAGCACGAAUGACGCUCGUUCUUUCAUAUUGUUUAUGGAAAAGUUGUAUCAUCAUUUAUUUGGCAAACAAAGUCAUUGAAGACCCUUUGAAGGUAGGUACAAGAGCUGAUCAUGAAUACCAUUCAUUGUAUACAUGUGACCUAUUUCAAAGCGGGGCCUUUCUAAUGAUGUGCAAACGGCAAUUGAACACUUGCCAGGUCUAUUUCGUCUUUCUAUAAAGUAAAUUUAUUUGCAAAACUUACAACAUUGUUAACCAUCCUUUAUUUUGCUUACAUCGGAAAUUGGUUGUAGUCACGUUUGUUUAACUGUAAAUUGCAUGAUAAUAACAAAUUGUUAUGCAAAUUCCGGUGUUUUCUUUUUCGGCGAGAACGUUUUUGCUCUCGUAUACGGAUCACAGUAACCUAAUAUAUCCUACACCAUGAUCACUUCGUGUAAGAAUAUUUUCAGCUUUUUCAUUCUCCAGUGGUAACCUUUAGUUUUCCUUCCAAUUAUGUUAUGGGACACAUUUAGCCACCAAACAAAGUCGUACACGGGGCAAAUGUUUCUGAAAAUUAGAAUAUAAAUUCUUUCAAAUCUUGUAAUAUAGUCAUUCAGAUACAUAACUUGUUCGUAGUAACUUUUUCAGGAACACCUGCUUAUAUCAUAUCAUUAUUGGCUGAGCAUUUCGGCUUUGGCCCGAAGGCUUUGUGCCGUCGCCUAAAUUUUAAAUACAGUGAUCUAAAAACUGAACUGUUUUCUUCAAACCAAACUCUUUCCAAGAUCCAAAAUAAUGUUUAGAAAAAGCCCAAAUUUUAUAUCCAGAGUUACUAGAAAACGAAUAGUACCAUUGAACAGCAUAGCUCAAGGGAAAAAAGAAAACAUCGGACAUUAUGACUCUUGAUUUUCUGCAGGUGUUCCCAUUAUGGCUCUUGGGCGAAUUUAACACUUUAGUUUUUCUCUAAAUUCUUGAUCUUUGCUUGGACAAAAAAGCCAAUGAGAAAUUUCCAAGAUAGAACCUUUAAAUAUGGAAACCGAAAAGAGACAGUGUUGCUUAUGCCAGGACUUUUAUCGGAAGCUUUUAUUAUAGAUUUAACAGAAUCUGUCCCGAUGCAAAUUUUACGAGUUGUACUGCUUCGGUCUAUUAAGAUUUAGUUACGCCUUGUCCUUUCUUGUCGAAAAGCAAAAUACUCAAAGGAGUUAUAAAUGAUUGUGUUAUUUUCCUGUUUAUUUUUGUUUUUGUUUUUCAAUUUUAUAAGCCCCAAACAUUCUUGGCAUUUUUUGUCUUUUUUGAAUAUUGUCACAAUUAGUGGGAACUUGUGAGAGUCUGUUCUUGAUUUAUCGGAGACCUCCCGCGGAUUUAACACGAACCGCGACAUACUACGAGGAAAUGUAAUUCCUGUCAGUCAUUUGUUACGCAUAAAAGAUCACUGAAUUUGUGAGGCAAAUUUACCCUUCUAGAACAUUUUGACGCUGUCAAAUUACCCGCGAUACUGCAACCGACUCUAUGAAUGUUACGCCAGCAGAUUAACUACUUUAUUCGAGUAAAAUGUUGCAUAACACUUGAAGAAAUGUUUAAGUAUUUGCACUCUUUUGUACUUUUUUUCUGUCACUCUAUUCCUCAAAUUUCGCCUUGUUUUUUGAUGUAGAUAGUUGUUAAAAGCCAUUUUUUCCAAGCAUCGUUCGAUUGAAGCCAGCUUGCAAUGUUAGUGUUAUUCACUGCAAUUAUCAAGCGAUGUUUGGACGUGAGUUUGUUUUUUUCAGUACCUGACAUGCUAACAUACAAAGCUAUUGAACCAGACUAAAUCCUCUGAAAACAAUCUUUUUGUGAACGGAGCUUAAAAGGUCCCUGGAAAGCAUCACUUGCGUCAUUUUCCCCUGUCAAUUUCAUAAAACGGCAUUGAUUAAGUUCUUUAGCCAUUGAAAUUAAAAAUGAUUAUGUGCAAAAGAUCAAGUCAUUCAUACAAGUGUAAACUUAAAAAACCGGACAUUUCUAUAAAGGCUCAAUUUCUCAUAGAAUAGAAAUAAGCUGGAUGGUAUGAUUGCUAUGGAUCAUGAGUUAGUAGCCUAUUGUUCCUUAAGUCCUCAUAAAAUAUUCAUUAACAGUUCUUGAGCGCAGACGUGCGCGAAAUUGGUGAACCUUUCGACGAUAACAUAAUGGUCCUACCUCAUAAAGCGACGUAUUCUGGAGUAGAAAAACCAAGGCUUCGAGCUUUUAUGCUUCAAAAUGUCAAGGGAGUUCAUUACAUCUAUCUUACGACUGCUACGAAACCCGCUGACAAAGCUGGACUUUCUACACCUUUAAUGAAAGGUAAAUGAAAAACUGUUUCAUCUUUGCGUGGAUAGGUUUCCUUCGAGCAUCUGACAAGCCAAGUAUCUUUGUGUUCAGCUAUUUUUACUUUUUUGUAAGGUUUUUUAAACUUAAAGCUAUCGUCGACUUCUCAUAGACGUCCUACCUUAAUACGAUUUUCAGAAUCUCAUUGAUUUUAACAAACGAUGGAAGCAGAUUUACAAUGAAAGUAAAAUAACGUUGAAAUGGUAUUCCAAAAAAAAAUCAUGGCGAAAAUUGCAUUUUCAAUGAUUCUUCAUACUUAACAGCUUUGUAUAUGAAAAGAGACUGCUGAAGUCUGUACGCCAUACUCAAAGUGUGCGCGCACUGAAGUUGUCAAAACUCGACUUUUUCUGAAGCAUUUCCAUUGGCUUAUCUCUUGACAAUGUCACUGAACUGCCUUUCCGAAAAGAAAAAGCAUCGAAGUAUGUUAUCUUGGAGCGGUCGUUUUUCAGAGAAAAAGCGGAACUUUAUCGUCAGUAACAGUAAUAAUCAUGUUGUUCAAGUUCCCUUUUUAGAAAACCCGGCAGCAAACAGCCACUGAACGGUGACGGAAUAAAAAAAAGAACGCUUGAAGUACCGCGGAUAAGUGGCCGAGUUACAUAUUAACUGAUUAUAAAUAGAGGGAAUUUACUGAAAUCGACAAAGUCUCAAUCUCAUGACUUUUAAAGGAUUACUUUAAUGUCGAGAAAGAGUAUUCAAAAAACUGAAGUUCAUACAACGUGCAGAGUUACACGAACAUCAACAGGCCUGCCACUAAGAAAAAUACCACAGGAAAAUCUACGUAAGGGAGUUAUUGUCCUUCAACAAAGACCAGCUACGCAACUUAAAGAUACAGACUUUACGGUCAGUUAACAACUUUUGCAAACACUGCUCUCACAACUUAACGCGGCGUUUUUUAUUUUCUAUUUAUUGGUAACGUAUUCACAUAAGUAUUCCGGUCACGAUCCUUGAUAAAAAGCGUUUUUGUUUUAUUAUUAUUUGUUCAUUUGUUUAUGGUCACCUUGGUUAGAUGACAUUGUUUUCCUAUUUCAAUUUGAGAAGUCGCUGGUCCGUUACUUAUGCUCGUAUGCCCAUAGCCCAUAAACCGGUACAAGCAACUCCAUUUUACUUUCCUCAGAUGGUCUUCUUUGAAAAGAUUUACUUCAGAAAAAAAUCAAAGCGCUUCAAUUGUAUAAUACGUUGGAAUCAAUAAACUAGAACUGCCACGUUAUUAGGUUCUAAUUUUUUAGCAACAAACCAAGCCUGCAAAAGUCGCACACUUUAUAAACCGUAAAGUGCAAACGUUUUCAGCUGUUUCUAAAAGAUUUUGACAAAAUCUAUUGGAAAAAACUCAACAAGUAUUCCAGUUUUUUUUAUUUCAGGGCAGCUCCAGAUUAACCAAACAGUCCAAUGAAUAAUUGUAGAGAAACCCAUUUGAGACACUUCUGAUGUAUUUGGAAACAUUCGUUCGUAGCAUCGAUCCCCCUGCUACAACUUUGACCUUGUCAAUGAUUGAAUUUAGAACGUUUUUUGUGCUUUUUUGUUCCACCAUUGUCACCGACCACACUGACUUUAUUUAUUUUAAAACACUGUUAGAUUCAGAUCACAGUGAACACCCAAGAGACACAGAUAUCGGAGCACAUUCAAAGAGUCCUUUAUCAAAGGGCGACGACGAGUACAGCGGCGGCAACGAGUCUGCAGAAAGAGACUGGAAUCAAACGCCAAAUUGCUCAGUUGGGAUUUCCACAAAGAACGUCUCUACAUCGACCGAGAAUGUCACUAGAACAAGAACAGAGGAUAAAUCGACAUCAACGGAUGACUUGGCGGGUUUUGAUGUGAAAGAGGAAUCGAGUGGAAGUCCGAGCAACUUGUCGGACACCGAAACGGACGAUAAUAACUGCGAGGUGUUUCAAGACACCAACCUUACGGACGCGACGAAAGUGCAGUUUCUACAAAAUCAGCUCAUAGCUAUUCAAAGUCAGAGUGUCCAAGAGAGGCGAAAAUUCAGUGACACUCGGAGAUACUGGACUGAUUUAACUAUAGCUGAUAACUUAGGCGUUAAUGAACUACAUCGAGCAUCGAGUUCGCCGAGUUUGUUAGGUAUGUCAGUUCAAGUCACUCUCCAAGUAACGGUGCGGAAACGCUGACACACCUCCUGCGUUAUAGAAAAACAAUAGCUACGCGCACAAUCCGCGGUACACCGGGAAUCCAAAUGAAGAGCUUUCUUAUAGGAGCUGGCUACUAGCGGUACGAAGUAGCCUGCAAAAUAGGAAUUGUUUUUUCGCCUUUUUUCAGGCGAGCGAAGGCAGGUGCAAAAAUCUCGUCGCGCGUGUAUGGCGCUCUUUACUUGCUUCGCCCUGUCCUUCAAUCGCCUGAAAAAAAAGUGAAGAAAUAACUCCUGUUCUGCAGGCUAGGUACGAAUCGCCCUAGCGGCGUUGGGGGGGGGAUACUUUUUAAGAGAGAAAGAGCUUCUAAUGAGGAUGUUACUCUUACAAUUGCAGAUGGAUGCGGAGUAAGUUCGAGAGAUAAACAGAACAGUUCUCAGAAAGAUGGAGCUUCAAAGAGACGAGUGUCAGACGGAAACAACCCCUUCUC